GUCUCAUGCUCCCCCAGUUUCCGGAAGAUCCGUGUACAAUGAUGGAGAAAAUGGAAUCCUGAGACCGUUCCUUACUAGGCAAGCAAAUUUGCGAAAAUAAAACUACGAGAGUCCAAGAUAACGAAUAACGAUACCAAUACAAGACAGCAGCUGGAUCGUGGUGGCUCGGCGAAAGACAGCGGUACUAUUCAACCUAUUUCCCCUUGACACCUGAUGGAGGGCUCAGACAGUUCCGAGCCAGGCAGCAGUGACCAACCCGAGGCCCAGCGAAGGAGGCAGCGGGACCGCCUCGACCGGGAGGAGGCCUUUUACCAGUUUGUCAACAACCUGAGUGAGCCUGACUACCGUCUGAUGAGGGACAACAACCUGCUGGGCACCCCAGGUGAGAUCACUGCAGAUGAGUUGUUGAGUCGGCUGCAACAGAUUAAGGAUGGGCUGGAGCAGCAGCCGGUCCGAAACGACAGCACCAGCGUUGAGACUGGAGAAACAACAGGAGAGCCAAUGGAAGGCCCAGAGGACCCUUCUAAUGGCGACACGCUCCUUGAUUGGCUGAAUACCGUCAGGCGGACAGGCAACACCACACGCAGUGGUCACCGAGGCAACCAGUCAUGGCGGGCGGUCAGCAGGACUAACCCCAACAGCGGAGACUUCCGGUUCAGCCUGGAAAUCAACGUUAACCGCAGCCUGGCUGAGCAGCAGGCUCGUGCUGAGGCUGAGGGAGAAGUUCAUGAGGACGUCCCAGCAGGGCCACCUGGACCUGGGGUGGAUAUCCUAACAGAGACUGGGGCUGAGGUAGAGACUCCCAUGGAGACUGGUGAGGUGGUGGAGGAGCCAGUAGUGGAAGACCUGGCCGUCAUAGUGGAGCCAGAGUCUCCCAUAGAGGCUGAAGCAGAGAUGGAGCCUGAAAUGGCGAUAAACCUUGAAGCUGAAGCGGCGAUGGGGCCUGAAGCUGAGGCGGCGAUGGGGCCUGAAGCUGAGGCGGCGAUGGGGCCUGAAGCUGAGGCGGCGAUGGGGCCAGAAGCUGUUGCGGCCGUGGGGCCAGAAGCUGUUGCGGCCGUGGGGCCAGAAGCUGUUGCGGCCGUGGGGCCAGAAGCUGUUGCGGCCGUGGGGCCAGAAGCUGUUGCGGCCGUGGGGCCAGAAGCUGUUGCGGCCGUGGGGCCAGAAGCUGUUGCGGCCGUGGGGCCUGAAGCUGUUGCGGCCGUGGGGCCUGAAGCUGUUGCGGCCGUGGGGCCUGAAGCUGUUGCGGCCGUGGGGCCUGAAGCUGUUGCGGCCGUGGAGCCUGAAGCUGUUGCGGCCGUGGAGCCUGAAACUGAAGCGGCCGUGGAGCCUGAAACUGAAGCGGCCGUGGAGCCUGAAGUGGCUUUGGAACCAGAAGCAGAAUCAGCCUUGGUGCCUGAAUUAGACUUAGAGCCUGAAGCUGAAGCAGCCAUGGAGCCCGAAGCUGAAAUGGAGGUGAUUCCAGAGUUGGUAGCCGAAGUCCUCCCAACUUCCUCUCUUUUAGCCACCAGCCCCUCUACCUCCCGACCCUGCAGCCCAGUGAUCCAGGGUCCCACUCCAGCUCCUGCAGCCUCCGACCCCCCCAGCCCUUCUGAGGAGCCCCCGCGACGCGGCCAGAGACGAGCCCGCAGCCGUAGCCCAGAGCAGCGCCGGACCAGGGCUCGUACCGCUCGGAGCCGCUCACCCCUCACCCUGGACAGAUUGGACGGGCUCCCACACCCACGCCACCUACCCCCACCCUCCCACAGCCUCCUGCCCCCCCAGGCACCCACAGAGGGCAGCUCCAGGACUCGACAGCACAUUCUGUCCCGGCAGAGCACUGCAGAGCACGAGGCUCAGGCGGCAGGAACAGGGGCCCCUGGGCUAGAGCCUGUAGCCGGCCCGGAGCCCCCUACUGCUCCGCCCCUGGAAGGAGAGGCCCAGGGUGGGGAGGGAGGAGCCGGGCGGCGCCCCCCCACCAUCAUGUUGGAUCUGCAGGUUCGUCGCGUGCGUCCAGGUGAGUACCGCCAGAGGGACAGCAUCGCUAACAGGACCCGCUCGCGCUCCCAGAACUCCAACAACACCUUCCUGUACGAGAGCGAGCGAGGUGGAUUCCGCAGGACCUUCUCCCGGUCGGAGCGUGCCGGUGUGAGGACCUACGUCAGCACCAUUCGGAUCCCCAUUCGGAGGAUCAGUGACGCCGGGCUGGGCGAGGCCACCUCCAUGGCGCUACAGACCAUGAUACGCCAGAUCAUGACGGGCUUCGGGGAGCUCAGCUACUUCAUGGACUCGGACUCUGACUCCUCGGAUUCGAACCGCGGAGCCGGCAACGCAGCCGGGACUGCCGACCUGGCAGAAGCCCUCAGUGCUCCAGAGGGAGGGGUUAUGGCGGAGCCUGCCGUCAGUUUGGGUGGGCCUAGUUUGGGAGGCGUUGCCGGGGAAGCGAGGACAGAGGGGGGGGAGGAGGUGCUCGGUGUUGGUCUGGGACCAGGGGUAGGGUUAGGGCUCGGGGGUAACCCUCGGGAGGGCAGAGCUCGGCCUCGUGCCCCCGUCAACUUGGAGGAACCAGGUUCACUGCCCUUUCUGCGCCUCGCACACUUCUUCCUCCUCAACGACGAGGAUGAAGAGCAGCCCAGGGGCCUCACCAAGGAGCAGAUCGACAACCUCUCCACCAGGAACUUCGGGGAGAGCGACGCGCUGAAGACGUGCAGCGUGUGCAUCACAGAGUACGCUGAGGGCAACAAGUUGAGGAAGCUCCCGUGUUCCCAUGAAUACCAUGUCCACUGUAUCGACCGCUGGCUGUCUGAGAACUCCACCUGUCCCAUCUGCCGACGCGCCGUCCUGGUGUCCACCAACCGCGAGAGUGUGGUCUAACCGGCUGCUUCUAAACAGGGUCAGGGGUCAGUUCCUGUUCAGAGGACCUCUCUUUCUCUUAGUCACACCAUUUACAUCGUUCAUGUUUUUUCUUUUUAGGCCGUCAGUGAGUUUUGUCUGACGGUGCUGCAGAGGUUCGGCAGACAUAUUGGACAGACAGAUGGACCCUGGCAGACUGACAGGUCACAGUGACACAUGGUGCUCUUAAUGACUCUGUAGAAGUGACAGGAGCGCUGUGAAAGACUGGCUGCAGACAGACUGGAGACCGACAGAGGAAGACCACUGUCGAGACACAUCCCACGCUUCCCUAAAGACCGGCGGAGGGGACAGACCCCCCAACUCUGCCUAAACACAGAAACCACAAGACUAACAGGAUUUCUCGAUACUCUGGAAUGGCUCACAGACUGUUGGUGUGUCCAUUCUUGCUGAAUUUGUUUUUAAGUUAAACUUGUAGAAUGUUGUACAUGCUUUAUAGGGAGAACACAAGGUACCACUUGGAUUCUGUUGGGAAUGCUUAGUGCUCCGUUGAUUUGGAAUCAUAUGAAUGGCUUCAUAUUCAUGAGAUUGGAAUUAUGGGAUCAAUAAUCAUGCUUGUUGAGUGUGUGUGAGUGUUUGUGUGUUUGUGUGUGUGUGAGUGUUUGUGUGUGUGAGAGUGUGUGUGUGUGUGUGUGUGUGUGGCCUAGCCCUGCUCUAGGCAAUCAGAUGGUGUCACAUUAGCUGUUCCUUCUGAACCUCUCACAGUACUGGUGUUGAUCACAUUCAUUAUGGUCUGAAGAUUAAAUUGGUCCUAGAACAGCACUCCUAUGAGACAUAUUUUCAAGGGGGCUUGAAUUAUAGUAGCCACACAGUGAUCCUUCCCCCUUGUGAUGUCAUUACAAUAUAACCUAACCCAUUGGUUCUGCAAAAUUAUGAACAGGAAGUGAACAGAUUGUUCCAUUAUGUCCUCAUCCCAAAAACAACAUUAAUAGUUCCAGGGGUUGUUUAAUUAAGCAUUUGACUGUUCAGUAGGCCUCUACCACCAGUCUAGGACUGUGCCCUGACCCUGGUCCUGUUCAGUAGGCCUCUACCACCAGUCUAGGACUGUUCCCUGACCCUGGUCCAGUUCAGUAGGCCUCUACCACCAGUCUAGGACUGUGCCCUGACCCUGGUCCUGUUCAGUAGGCCUCUACCACCAGUCUAGGACUGUUCCCUGACCCUGGUCCAGUUCAGUAGGCCUCUACCACCAGUCUAGGACUGUGCCCUGACCCUGGUCCUGUUCAGUAGGCCUCUACCACCAGUCUAGGACUGUUCCCUGACCCUGGUCCUGUUCAGUAGGCCUCUACCACCAGUCUAGGACUGUUCCCUGACCCUGGUCCAGUUCAGUAGGCCUCUACCACCAGUCUAGGACUGUGCCCUGACCCUGGUCCAGUUCAGUAGGCCUCUACCACCAGUCUAGGACUGUGCCCUGACCCUGGUCCAGUUCAGUAGGCCUCUACCACCAGUCUAGGACUGUGCCCUGACCCUGGUCCAGUUCAGUAGGCCUCUACCACCAGUCUAGGACUGUGCCCUGACCCUGGUCCAGUUCAGUAGGCCUCUACCACCAGUCUAGGACUGUUCCCUGACACUGGUCCAGUUCAGUAGGCCUCUACCACCAGUCUAGGACUGUGCCCUGACCCUGGUCCAGUUCAGUAGGCCUCUACCACCAGUCUAGGACUGUUCCCUGACACUGGUCCAGUUCAGUAAGCCUCUACCACGAAGACAGACAUCUUCUGGAACAUCAGUGCAAUUAUUACAACAUGGAAGAGAGGAAAACAAACUGUGAUAUUCUAAACUUUUUUUAUUAUUAUUAUUAUUUCGAAAAUAUUGUAGACUGUGAAUAUUCACACUUUAAUGAAGACUUGUUUCCUUGUUAAGCAUUUCACUUUCCUAGAGGUUGGUUUAUGUCUGUUCUGAAAGCACUAUGUCCCUAAAAGUGUAGGAGCCAAUACAUGGGCGUUAAAUACGCUCAAGGGUGUGCAGUGUUUUGUGCCAUGAUGACAUCACAUUCUAUAGAUUCUAAGUGUUCUCACAGUUGUCGUUGUGGUUACCUCCCUUUAUAAAUAAAGUUUUGGAUUGUUGAAUUGCUGUUAUUGUUGAUAAUGGCCAUUUGUAAAUGAAAUGUAUCCUAACUCUUGCAUUGUUACCCUAGUAUAGGCUGGCUGUCUCUGCGUCAUAGCCUGCUGUAGGGAGCUAUGUUCAAUGUGUUCUCAAUGACGUUUCCUAUAUAGGGCCUGGUCUGAGGUCGAGUAUGGGACCUGGUCUGAGGUGCUGUACUGUGUAGGGAAUAGGUUGGCGUUUGGGACACAAUGUUGAAUUAUUUUGUCAAAUAAACAGGUUUUACUACAGAGCAUUGUAGUCACACA